GCUGCUUCGACUAGCUUCUUGGAUAAGGUCCGACUCUUCCACAGCGAAGAAACACCAAAGAGAAAGAAAGAAAUGUCAUUUCAUCUAUACUCCUCUCCUUCAUCGCUUCUCCACGAUCCUAAUCUCCUCUCAGUUCUCCCUAAAUCCACUCCAAGGAGUUUCCUUUGUUCCUACAGCCCAAGAAACCUUCUCCAGACAAGCCACGUGUCAGUACAAGAAGCGAUUCCGCAUGAAACCCACAUCGAAAAAUCCAAACUUGAUGCGAACCCACCAGACGCGGGCUCCAAAAGACACCCCUGGGUGAACCCCAAGAGCCCUAGAGCUUCUCAGCUCCGUAGAAAGUCAUACGACUCGAGGUACUCUUCUCUCGUCAAACUAGCUGAGUCUCUAGACGCGUGUGCCCCAAACGAGGCUGAUGUCUCUGAUGUAGUAACUAAGUUCGGUAGUAACCUCUUUGAGCAAGAUGCUGUUGUUACUCUCAACAACAUGAAAAACCCUGAAACAGCGCCUCUUGUGUUGAACAAUCUCCUUGAGAAGAUGAAAAAACCCACCAGGGAAGUGAUUCUCUACAAUGUCACAAUCAAAGUGUUGAGGAAGUCCAAGGAUUUGGAGAACUCGGAGAAGCUGUUCCAGGAUAUGCUUCAGAGAGGUGUUAAACCAGACAACGCAACUUUCACUACUUUAAUCAGCUGUGCUAGGCAAUGUGGUUUACCUAAGAGAGCUGUUGAGUGGUUUGAGAAAAUGCCUUCCUUUGGUUGUGACCCUGAUAACGUCACUUUAGCUGCUAUGAUUGAUGCUUAUGGGCGUGCUGGUAACGUUGAGAUGGCCUUGAGCUUGUAUGACCGUGCAAGGACUGAGAAAUGGCGUAUUGACGCUGUUACGUUUUCGACUUUGAUUAGGAUAUAUGGUUUCUCCGGAAACUAUGAUGGGUGUCUUAAUAUCUAUGAAGAGAUGAAGUCUCUUGGUGUGAAGCCUAAUCUGGUUAUUUACAAUAGGUUGUUGGAUUCUAUGGGUAAAGCCAAGAGGCCUUGGCAGGCGAAGAUUAUCCACAAGGAUCUUAUUAGCAAUGGCUUUGAACCUAACUGGAGUACUUAUGCUGCUCUUAUUAGAGCCUAUGGUAGAGCUCGUUACGGGGAUGAUGCACUUGUUAUCUACAGAGAGAUGAAGGAGAAAGGGUUGGAGUUAACUGUGAUUCUUUACAAUACUCUCUUGUCCAUGUGUGCUGAUAUCGGGUAUGUGGAUGAGGCUUUUGAGAUUUUUCAAGAUAUGAAGAGUUCUGGGACUUGUGUUCCUGACAGCUGGACCUUCUCAUCGCUGAUCACUGUGUACUCUUGCUGUGGGAGGGUUUCAGAGGCUGAGGCGGCUCUGGUUGAAAUGAGAGAAGCUGGUUUUGAGCCUACUCUUUUUGUCCUCACGUCAGUGAUCCAGUGUUAUGGGAAAGCCAAGCAGGUUGAUGAUGUUGUGAGGACAUUCGAUCAGGUGUUGGAACUUGGUAUAGCUCCGGACGAGAGAUUCUGUGGCUGCCUUCUGAAUGUAAUGACCCUGACACCGAGGGAGGAGAUUGGUAAACUCGUUGAAUGUGUGGAGAAGGCUAAGCCGAAGCUUGGUCAAGUAGUAAAGAUGUUGGUACAGGAUGAAAACUGCGAGGAAGGGGUGUUGAAGAAGGAAGCAUCUGAGCUGAUUGAUUCUAUUGGCUCUGAUGUGAAGAAAGCAUAUUUGAAUUGCUUGAUUGAUCUCUGUGUCAAUCUCAAUAACCUUGAGAAAGCUUGUGAGAUUCUACAACUGGGGCUGGAGCUUGACAUUUAUUCAGGUCUACAAUCGAAAUCUGCUACUCAAUGGUCAUUACAUCUGAAAAGUCUCUCUCUUGGGGCAGCCUUAACCGCUCUUCAUGUUUGGAUGAACGACUUAACAGAGGCAGCUCUGACAUCUGGAGAAGAGUUGCCUCCGUUGCUUGGAAUCAACACUGGACAUGGGAAACACAAAUACUCAGACAAAGGUCUAGCAGCUGUUCUUGAGUCUCACUUAAAGGAGCUUAAUGCUCCCUUCCAUGAAGCUCCGGACAAGGUUGGUUGGUUUUUGACUACAAGUGUUGCAGCAAAGGCAUGGUUGGAGUCUAGACGUUCGUCAGGAGAAGUUUCUGUGUAGUUUUCCUCAUCUUUCGUAUGUACUUUUGAUAUAUCUAUGUGGCUUCGAGCUUUUUUCAUCCUGAUACCGGAAGUUUCUGGAUCAGUGAAGAUUUUUGUAAUGCUAGCAAACUCAGUGUUAUACACAUUUGAUUACUAUUUAGAGAGCUGAUAAAGUCUCC